AUGGUGAUCUUAUUAUUAUACUGGUAUUUAUUUUAUAGGAAAGUAGAGAGUGAUAUUACUACUACCAAUAAAACUAUUACUGAUUAUUUUCCUGUGAGAAGAAGUGGUAGAAGAUGUAAAUCAGAAUUAGAGAAAGAAAGAAUGAUAGAAUAUGAAGAUAAAGUUUUGACUUAUUGUGAAGAUGGAUUAGAGGUUGUGAAAAUGGAGGAUAAAGGAAGAGGUGUUGUAGCAACUAAAAUGUUUAAAAAAGGAGAUUUUGUAGUUGAAUAUGCUGGAGAUUUAAUAGAUCUAGCGGAAUCUAAAGAUAGAGAGAUGUUUUAUGGAAUGAGUACUAAAUUUGGUUGUUACAUGUAUUAUUUUAAUCUAAAAGGCAAACACUAUUGUAUUGAUGCUACAGCUGAAUCUGGUAAAUUAGGUAGACUACUCAAUCACAGUAGAAUAUCCUUUAAUUGCUGUACCAAAUUAAUCGAGAUUAAAAACACACCAUAUCUCAUCAUUAUAGCUAGUCGAGAUAUAGUCAAAGGGGAAGAACUCCUGUAUGAUUAUGGAGAUAGGAGCAAAGAGUCUUUAGAAGCUCAUCCAUGGCUUAAAUUAUGA